AGAGCUGCUGCUGAUGUUGAUGCUGCUGGUGUUUGUGAGAUGUUGGUGCGGGAGAUACAGGCGAGGGAUGCACACCAGCCGACCACCACGGAUGCUGGUGCGAGGGCGUGAGGGGCGAGUUGAUCCCUGCGAAGCCCACGGGGCGACAAUUUGA